AUGGAACAAGAAACAAGAAGUGACUCUCCCAUAGACUCGAAUCGUCAAGAACAUAAUUCGAAAACUUCUUUUUUAAUUGAAGACAUUCUAUACAGAGGUCAAAGUCGAAGUUUUAAACAGCCAGCCCCCGAUUCAAGAAGGUUUGACUACGACAGACCGGAACCAAAGCCUUUCUUCCCCGUACCCGGAGAGGUCCGACCGCAUAUCCCGGGAAGGGAUGGGUCCUAUUUGCAUGUGGCUAUGGGAGCUUUAGGUGCUUACCUGCACACGCCAAAUACUUACAAAUCUGUGGAGACGCCUUACUUUUUAUCUCAAGGCGUGCCGUAUCACGCGCUGUUCACACCGUCGGAGCUGUCAUUGUCGGCGCUGAAGCACUGCCGUCGGAGGAAGGCGCGAACUGUAUUCUCUGAUCCGCAACUUACUGGCUUAGAAAAACGCUUCGAAUCCCAACGCUACCUUUCCACUCCUGAGCGGGUAGAAUUGGCAGGGGCGCUGAACCUCUCCGAGACACAAGUUAAGACCUGGUUCCAGAACCGUCGCAUGAAACAUAAGAAGCAAAUGAGGAAACAACAGCAGCAAAGAGGUACAGCAGCUGUAGACUUCACCACAAAACAUCAUCCACAAUCUAACGAGAAUCGAAAGGCAGAGGACUCUAGAAUAUCGACAACACAGACAUCGGACUCUGACACCGAGCACAGCGAUAGCGAUAUCGACAUAGUCGGCGAAACUAACUAUGCACAACACUACGGCAAUGGCGCGACGUAA